UCAAUUGUUAGAACUUCAUAUUAAAAAUAUAUUAUUCCAAGUAAAAUGAAAGGUAGAAAUCGUCAACCUGCCAAAAUGAGAGAUACUGCUCUAUUGAAAUCCAUUGUCAAUAAGAAUAAAUCAUGGGCAAUGAAAAGACUAGCUAGAGAUGCUAAGGAAAUUGAAGAGAACAAGAUCCCUACUGUUGGAGUUACUGCUCGUCCAAUGGAUAAAGAUAUCUUCACAUGGAGAGGGAAUCUGAGAGGUCCUGAAGAUACUCUUUAUAAGGGUGGAGUGUUCCAUAUUGAGAUCAAGUUCCCUGAAUUGUAUCCUACUGAGCCACCGACGAUUCGUCUAAUGACUCCUUUGACCCAUCCAAAUGUAUUCGGUACAACUUUGUGCUUGGAUAUGCUAAAUGGCGCAGAUAAAGUUUUGUACCAAGGCUGGACUUCCGGAUACACUGUCCAGAGUGUUUUGAUCCAGUUGCAGUCAUUCUUGUUCGAGAAACCACCCAAAGAUAAUGAAGAGAAGAUCAAAGAGGAGGUCAAGCUUGCUAAUGAGUUCAAGGAUCUUUCUAUUAACCAUAAGGGACCUCUUUCUCCAUAUCCUCCAUUUAGUACUAAGGAAAAAGACGAGGAGAACUUUGUCAUGCCAAUGGAGGAGAAGCAGCUAUUGAUGGAAGAGGUUGUCUGCUUCCACACAAGGCUAAGCCUUGUUGAGGACAAGACUACUCUAGGAGCAGGUAUUACUAUCUCCAGGCUUCCAAGGACUGGAGAGAUACGGUCUGUAUCUACAACACUUGACUUGCUCAGUAUCCAAGCGUAUAUGAAAUGCGGAGUGAGACACUCACUGUCGAAUGAGAAGUUCACCCACUUCUUGCCACUGUACUUUGGUAUUGAUAAAGAAAAGACGAUGUUUUUGGCAGAGCACUCCAUUGGGCUCAUCUGUAAGGGAUCGACCAAGAAAUUCGAGCCUUCCCAGAUCAUUGAAGUUUUGCCAAAGAUGAUGUUAACACUUGUUGUUGAUAUGACGAAUGAAUCGCUACAUCAUUCUUAUAAGUCAAUAAGGAUGUUUGUCUACGUGCACAGACUGUUCCUCUUGUUCAUUGAGAAGUACCCAGAGCUUAGGACUGAGCUAGACUCUAGACUCCAGAAGUUCAUCGAGGAUACUGAGUCAAGACAUAAAGAUAUUACUCCUAGCAUCGGAGAUCUGCUUGUGUAUCUAACUGUUUCUGAGAAGUACGGCUGGGAAGAUCUUAAGGAAUCCUAUCUCAGUGAGCAGCUAGAUAGGCAGGUCUUCUGGAUCCUUCAAGAAAUCCCCGAACUUGAUGAGGAGAAGAUCAAGAAGGAGAAGGCAAAGAAGGCUGAGGCUAAAGCCAAGAGAAAGGCUGAACAAAAUAAGGAUAAACAGGCUAAGAAGGAGGAGACCAAGGAAGAUGCUGAGGAUACCACUGUUGAAGAAAAGAAGGAACCAACCAAUCAAGAACAAGAGCUCGAAGACGCUAAGAUCGAGGUAUCUUUUAAGUCAACCAUCGUUGGAUACAGAAUCACAAUGAUGAUGAAGCUCAUCAACACUGAAAUCUUUGAAAAAGGAGGAAAAGAUUUCCUGCAAUUGACUAACUUGCUGGACGAAAGAUUCUGCAGACUCCUCGAUGACCACGAGGCUGAAGUCAAGAGUAAGAUCAACAAAAUCUUUGACGUCAGAGACUUCAUCAAGUACUAUGAGAUCGUUGGUAGGAAGAUCCCUGAUAAGAAGACCCUUGGUGAAUCUUUGAAGACUGCUACUAAAAACUCAUCCGCUAAGAAAUAUCAUGGAGAUGAUGAAAACCUAAACGCUAUUCCUGAAAUGAAGGAUCAAGCAGACCACUUUCUUCAUGAAAGGCCAACUCUUCUAAAGUACUGGGACGAGAAGAAGCAGAAGUUGGACAGAGAAGGUGACGAGGACUUCUGGAAGAAGCUUUGUCUGGAAAGAUACAAUUGGAUCUCCAUGAAGAUCACCCACUCUUACGAGAAGUUCACUCCCAAGGACUUUGCAGUGCAAAGAGACCAGGAGAGGAUCAAUAUGAAGAAGGAAGGAGACACUUUAAUCAAGUACAAUAAUGAGAACUUCCGUAACCAUGAGUAUGAAAAGAUCGAGAGCAUUAACGCCUAUGAAGAGUACUCAGAUGAUAUGACAUGGCUCGAACUCUUCGCCAAGCUUGACUUUGAGGACUUUAUGGAUAUUUUCCCAAUGAUGGAUAAUUUCAAGAUCCUGUAUGACUACCUUCAUGCUGUGAAUGGAAGGAUCAAGACAUUGUUCCUGAGAAUCCAAUACAAGAGGCAACUCAAGAGUGGAUACUACUUCUACAUGGUUAUUUUGUCCAACCUUACUAGUCUGGAGACUUUGAUCAUCUCAGAUAUUGAAAACAGACUUGGAAGUGCCUACAAGCAUAUGGUAAAAGGAUUCAACAACUUCUAUGAAAACGGAGGAAAAUUAAGAAAGUUGUUCUUACACAAAGUUUAUACAUCUUACUUAACUAAUGGGCUGGCACCAAUUUUGAAAAACCUCCCAGAGCUAGAGUCAAUCCAGACUAAGGAUAGUGUAAUGAAUCCAAAGGAUGGAGCUCCAUUGGGAAAAAUUUUGUCAGAUAAUAAAAAUAUCAAGGAUCUUAAUCUCUCUGGCACAAGUUACAAUGAUGCAUUCCUGAAGGAGAUUGCUGAUGGUCUGAUGAGAGCAAAGAUGCUGGAAGUACUCAAGCUUAGAGGAUCAAGCUAUUGCGAUGCUGGAGUUACUGCCAUGAUUUAUAAUCUAGCCUUUAGCCCUAGGAUCAGGUUCAUUGAUCUCACAGACUUGAAUAUGUCGAACUCAACCAAUCUCUGUGAGGCUCUGUAUAAGCUGAUAAAGAUCUCAGGGUCGAUUGAGCACUUGAUUCUGAACAACUCGAACAUUCUGGCUGGUAUUAAGAAGGAGUUCUGGGUAUCUUUGGGAGAGAGUAAGACACUCAAGUCUCUGCAUAUGAAUACUACAAUCAACUACUCUCAUGACUUUGCGAUCAAACUUGGUAAAGCUGUAGCUAUGAAUGCUAGAAAAAAGGGAGUAUUCGAGACCCUCUCCUGCAAAGGAGGGUUCAGCUACAACACUCUUGAGAGCUUCAUCACUAACUUGUACAUCAGCGAGCAGAAUCAUGAGUAUUGGUAUGGAGACAUUGAGGUUGCCAAUAAGAUGACUGGAGAAGACUUAGAGAAGGAGCUUCACUGCAAUCUCAAGCACUUCCAGAUUGAGAAUACUCCAAUCAGCUUCUAUGACAGCAUUGCUAAUAUUAAGAAAAGGUUGAAUCCUGUCUAUCCGAGCUUAGUUAAGUUAUUCUCAACUGGAUUGACUCAUUACAACUUGAAGAAUUGUGGAUUGAGUACAAAGAGGAACUUGGAGCUCAUCACUUGCUGUGUGGACAACCCAAUUGGAAAGACCAAAUGCACUCACCUGAAUCUGAGUCUGAACAAUAUCGAUAAGGAAGGAGCCAAGAUCUUCUGUGAUGCAUUGAAGAAGCAGUUCACUAUUAAGAAGCUUGACCUUUCUGGAAAUAAACUUGGAGUAAGCGGGUGUCAAGCUGUCGCCAGUGCUUUGCAGAACAACACCACUAUUACCCAUUUGAACUUGUACUCGAACCAGAUUGAUGUUGAUGGAGCUAGAUGUUUGAAACAGACUCUCUUGGCAAACGAUACUUUGGAAUACCUAGAUGUAGGAUCGAACCGUCUCAGAGAUAAAGGAAUCUUAGCCAUUGCUGAAGGUAUCCAGGGUAACUCCAAGUGUGCUAUCCAAGGAAUUUCCACAAGAUUUAAUUUUAUCAGUGACGAUGGUGCUGAGAAAUUCUUCAAGAUAGUUUUGGAAGAGUCAAAGGUCAACAAGGUCUUCAUCAAGAACAACUAUUUGAGUGAUCCAUACUUGACAGCCCUUUCGAAGAAGAUUAAGUCAAGUGACCAGAGUGUCUACAUUGAUAGUUUGGAUAAGAUGCAGUUCAUGGACCAAGAAAGACUUGAUAGGUCAAUCUGGAUCUCGCCAAUUAAUGCAACCUUCACAGUUGAAAACAUCACUACUUUCUUCCAAGACAACCACGAUUGCGGAUUAGUCAGAGAUGUGAGGAUCUAUAAUGGAGGUAAUCUUGAAGGAAAGCCAGACGAUAACUAUUAUGCCUUCGUUGAGUUUGACCAUGUGAAUUCAGUUGCUAGAAGUCUGAGGAUAGCUUCACAGAAGAAAUCCAUGAUUGGAUCCACGAGGUUCAGAAUCUAUAAGGCUGGCACAAAUCAGAGCUCAAAUACCAUCCCACAGGCAGCCAAGGUCCCAGUGCAGAGGAAUACGGGAAGAGGUGGCAGAGGUGGCCGUGGAAGGUGCACCAGAGGCAGAGGGGCAUCCAGAGGCAGAGGGGCAUCCAGAGGAGGCAGAAGAGGUUAUUAUUAGAUUUAACUAAAGGUGGUUCCUAAAACUUGC